UUCUGAGUUGUGGCGCGAGUUAGUUUCGCGGGAAAUCAGACUCGCAGUGAGUUCAGACGCAUCACAUUGAGCUUGGGACGCGGACUAGUCAUGGACCCUUUCAAACUGCAGGUAAAGACCCGGAUGGCAACUAGACGUGUUUCUGUCCGUUGUGUUCGGAUGGACAGUUCUGUCAAUGAUCUGUAUGCUUCUAAAGGAACAAUAGUGUUGCAGAAAGAGGAUGGCAAGAAGGGUUUCCAAAACUUGAGGAAUAUUAAAGUAAUUCCUAUGGAGACCACCUCAUCCUCCGAUGACAGUUGUGACAGUUUUGGCUCUGACAAUUUUGCCAACACAACAAAGAGGUUCAAAAAAGGAGUGAGUGUGGAACUGGCUAAAAUAUUUUCUGAGAAUUCGGAUACUGAAUCAUUCUGUGGGUUUCCGGAGAGUGGCAUUGAGGAAGGCAUGAAAAUUGAAUCAGACUCUGAAGAAAGUGGAGCAGGAAAAGGCAAAAAGCGUGGUCGUCCCAAAAAGAACUUGCCACUGCGUGUUUCUCUGAAGUUUCCCCCAAAACCAAGUUUCAAGGCAAAUCUGCUUAAAAAACAAGUAAAGGAGAAAAAAACUGUCCAUUCAAAUGACUCUGAUGAUGAGAGCGGCCCUAAUUUCCUGGAGAAACGAGCCUUAAACAUUAAAGAGAACAAAGAAAUGCUUGCAAAGCUAAUGGCUGAACUAAACAACAUACCUGGACUUUUCCCAAGCAAAAAUCAAUUUCUUCCUUCUACACCAAAAAUGAAGCGUGCUCCCAGGAGUCCAAAGGCUGCAACCUGCCCUAGAAGGAAUCCAGAAAGAAGCACCCGGCCUCAUACCAGGUCUAGAUCGCUAAUCGAUGGCGCUCCCAUCCAGUCUCUGAAUGAUGAAGAGGAGGAAGAUGCCUAUUAUUUAGUACGGAAACGAAAGAUGGACAACACAGACCUUGAGGAUGAAGACUAUAAGCCUAGGAAAAGGUUCUCAAGUGUGCAUACACUGCCCCAUAUCAUACGACCAGUUGAAGAGAUCACACAGGCCGAGUUGAAUGCCAUAUCUGUCAAUGCAAGAGAUAAAGUGUACAACAGGGCAACUGGAUCAACAUGCCAUCAAUGCCGUCAAAAGACAACAGACACAAAAACAAACUGCCGCAAUCCUGAGUGUAUGGGUGUAAGAGGCCAGUUCUGUGGUCCAUGCUUAAGGAACCGUUAUGGGGAGGAAGUGAAAGCUGCACUACUAGAUCCGGACUGGCAUUGCCCUCCAUGCCGAGGAAUCUGUAAUUGUAGCUUCUGCAGACAGCGAGAUGGUCGAUGUGCCACUGGUGUCCUGGUUUAUUUGGCAAAGUACCACGGUUAUGAUAAUGUCCAUGCAUACCUCAAAAGCUUGAAACGGGAACUUGAAACGGAAAUGGAGGACUGACAAUUGCGACAAGAUUUGAAUCGCAUUAUGGAUCUUGUGUAGUCUGUCAACUGUUACUGUAAAUCUCUUGUACACACCCUUGCUUGUUGGGAAUAGAUGUAAUGAGACGGCUAGUCUCAAAUAUGCCUUUUUCAUAAAGGGAAUACUGCUCUGCAUGGCUUUACAAAAGCCGUCUUAAAGAACAACGCAUUGGUGGAUAAUGUGCAAAAAAUGUGACUCAGAAAAUCCGUAUUGUAGGAUUUCUUGUUUUGUUUUUGACAUUUUAUAGCCAUUUGGCUACUAGUAGUAGUGUUUUUACCCAGCAUUGUCCAUAUUAUAGUGAAUCUUCCAUAUACAGCAUUGCUGUAAGGCUUGAGCCAUAAUAUGGCUUUUUAAAUUUGCAAAAUCUUGUUAACCUUUUGUUAAGGCUAGUGCAGACCAUCCUAUGGAAGUAAUACUGGCCUGAUAUGUCAAAACGAAAUUGCAUAUGAUGCAUGGUCAAAAAGGGGGUUAAGAUGACUCUUACUUUAGUCUAUUUUGCUACCACUUCUAGAGGUAAUUUAGAAGCAGCAUUUUUAUAAAAGAUGUAUGACACCAGUUGACAUUUUCUGUGGACCUCACAUUUGACCCAAUCUUUAUGUAAGCAGUUUUAAACAUUUUAAAUGUCAUUUCCUUGUGUAAAGUGUACCCUCCCAUAAUUUCCAUUCCUCUUGAUCCUGAAUUAUAAUUACUAGAAAUUAAUGACUUCUUCCAUUUGAUAUGGGCCGUAGCUGUAGUGAAGAGUGCACCUUAUCUAAAAUGGCAGAGAGGAAAACUGACCUUUUUUCAUUUUUGUUCCUACUGCUAUAACUGUAUAAAUGUUGCUAGUGUUGUUUUCAUAUUAUGUAACCUGAUACACACCCGGGACUGUCGAACAGAAAUAAGAGUUCAGGUUGGGCACUUAAUACAACUUUAUUUUAACUUUCUAAUUUUACAUCGACUUGUACUAGUAAAAUUUUAAUCUUGGCAUGUUUGAUACUGCAGGACAUAAUGCUGUUGCUUAAGUUUUAGUUGCUAUCUAAAACGCUGAUUGUAUGUGCCCAAAUAGGUGUAUUGUACCGGUUAUACUUAGGGGAAAGUAAAAAUCGAACUGUUCUAAAGGGCCUUUAAGUUGUUAAUUUUUUGUCAUAUGCAUACAGCUUUGACAGCUGUUAAUGUAAAAGAGUAUAUUUUAAUAAAACUGUUCUCAAAA